AUGUCGAGGACUAGCGUUGGGUCCCCUCCGAAAAAAAAAUCAGCCGACAUUGCUACAAAGUGGGGAAAUGGCCCAGACCUGAAGGCAAACAGUGUCUGGUUCAAGGGACCAGCGUUCCUUCAACUAGCGGAAUCAGAAUGGCCAGUACAACGAACGUUGACGUCACCUACCGAAGAAGAGCUACGUCCAUGCUUCGUUCAUGGGACAGUUCAAACUGCUGGAGGUUUGAUGGAACUAGAUAGAUUUUCUCAACUGAAACGUGCUAUACGGUCCGUCGCCUACGUGUACCGAUUCAUAAGCAACAUCAAGAAGAAGCUAGCAAGACAUGAGUUAUUCGUAGGUCCAUUAUCCUCAGAAGAGCUACGAAAGGGAGAAAGUCUACUAAUCCGCGAGACACAGUGGCAGUGCUUCCCAGAUGAGAUGGUGACCUUGAUAAGCAACCAGACGAAACCUCCAAAUGAGCAAAUCUAUGUGGGAAAAAGCAGCGCUCUCUAUCAGCUAUGUCCAAUCUUAGACGAACAAGGCAUCAUUCGAAUGGAUAGUAAAAUAGCGGAGGCUCCAAAUGUCAGAAAGGAGAUGAAGUUUCCAGUAAUCCUUCCUAGGAGUCACAAGUUCACUACCUUGCUGCUGGAAUACUAUCACCGUAAGUACCGACACGGCAACAUCGAAACUGUCGCGAACGAAGUUCGUCAGCUGUAUUAUGUUCCGAGACUUAGAAGGGCGAUUAACAGCGUUGCCAAAGCGUGCCAGUGGUGUCGCGUGUACAAGAGCUUACCGCAGAUUCCCCGCAUGGCGCCGCUCCCGUUAGCCAGGAUGGCGUCAUUCGCCAGACCCUUUACGUAUACUGGCCUGGACUUUUUUGGACCGUUGACGGUGAAGGUCGGUAGAAGCAGCGCUAAGUGCUGGAUAGCCGUUUUCACGUGUUUGACAAUACGGGCAGUGCACAUCGAGGUGGCUCAUAAUCUCACUACGGACUCGUGCGUCAAAUGUAUUCGACGCUUCAUCUGCCGCCGAGGUGCACCGGCCGAGAUCUAUACAGACAACGGCACGAAUUUCGUGGGAGCCGCUAGACUACUGAAGGAGCAAAUUGAGGACCUGGCCGUAACUUUCACUGGGACCGCUACCAAUUGGGUAUUCAAUCCGCCUGGAACUCCGCACAUGGGUGGAGCCUGGGAGCGGAUGAUCCGCUCUAUCAAAGUGGCGGUGGAGACGUCGUACAACAACCAUCGCAAGCUGGAUGACGAAGCGUUGAUUACAUUCAUGGUGGAAGCCGAAGCUAUCGUUAAUACACGACCACUAACGUAUUUGCCACUAACGUCGGACGAGAGCGAGGCACUCACACCGAACCAUUUCUUGCUGGGAAACUCGUGUGGCGUUCGGCAACCAGUGGUCGAGGCAACCGAUGCAGCGCAAGGUAUACAGUCGUCUUGGCAUCAAGUACAGCACCAGCUGGAUGUGUUUUGGAGAAGAUGGAUCCUGGAGUACCUCCCCACACUGACUAAGAGGCCAAAGUGGUGUGGUGAAGCAAAACCUUUAACGGAGGGUCAGUUAGUGCUGGUAGUUGGUGACGGGAAACGAAACGAAUGGAUAAGAGGCAGGGUGGUUAAAGCGAUUCCCGGGGCGGAUGGGAGAAUUAGGCAGGCUAUGGUUCAAACUGCGAGGGGUCUUGUGCGUAGGCCAGUGGCUAGGCUAGCGGUACUUGAGGUGGAUGAAGUUAGUAAGACUGGACCUGGUGGCCAGUAUUACGGGGGAGAGGAUGUUAACACUGGCAGCACUUCUGGUCACGCUAAUGUGACGACCGAUACGGCAGGUUGA